AUGAACGCUUGGGAGCGCUGUGGAAGGAUCCUUCGGGCCACAGGUGCUAUCGUCACGGCGUUUCUUCUGGUCUUCUUCCUCCGACCACAGUUGCAGAGAUUUCGGUUUCGAUCUGACCUUAGCUGGUAUGACUUGGGAAUCUAUGGAUUUGGGCCUUCGCGGAGCUAUGUCUCCUUCGAAGAGCAGUCUUUGUUGGUGGAGAUUACGCCUCGGAAUGCGAAAUGCGAUCCACGAUACACCCUCCUUGCCCCGCGCGGAGACUCGGUCGCUCACCCGGGACCCAUGAUAUUGGAUGCGCGUGGUGAAUUGGUCUGGAUGAAGUCGGAUUCCGCCACCACUGAGGACUUCAGAAUACAGCGAUAUAAAGGUCAGGAUUACCUGACAUACUGGGAAGGUGGCAAGGUAGAUGGACAUGGAUGUGGAUCGUGGUACAUGCUAGACUCGGCGUACACGGUUCAGUACAUCAUAUCACCGGUUGGUGUCAUGUCAGGCGACCUGCACGAAUUUCAGAUCACCGCAAACUCCACCGCCCUCUUCGCAAUUUAUGACCCCAUUCCUGCUGAUCUGACCUCAGUUGGUGGUCCACAACUAGGCUGGGUUUACGACGGUGUUUUUCAAGAAGUGGAUAUUGAGACGGGCGAACUGAUCUUCGAAUGGCGCGCAUCCCAACACUUUCCGCCCAAUGCCAGCUAUCAGCCGUUGGGAGAUCAAGGUCAUGAGCGAUCUUCAGCAUUCGAUUUCUUCCACAUCAAUAGCGUCGACAAGGAUGAUCAAGGCCGAUACUUGGUUUCCGCAAGGCAUGCCCAUUCCGUGUUUUACAUCGAUGGAGUCACCGGAGAGGUCUUGUGGACAUUAGGUGGCAAGAACAAUGACUUUGAAGACCUGUCCAAUGGAGCCGCCACGGGAUUCUCAUGGCAACACGAUGCUCGAUGGCGCGGCGUCAACCAGAUUACCCUGUUCAAUAAUGCGGCCAAUGGAGAUCAUCGCGAAGAGAAGAUCAGUCAUGGCGCCCUGAUCGAAUUGAAUCUGACCAACCGCUCGGCAGAAUUACUGCAAACAUAUCACCACCCACAAGAGCUGGCGGCGGUCUCGCAAGGAAAUGUGCAGGUUCUCGACUCUGGAAACGUAUUCAUCGGAUGGGGCCACAGUGCCGCAUACACCGAAUUCUCUCCCGACGGGGAUGUCCUGUGCAAUGUUCACUACGGCGCAUCCGCCUACUUUCAAUUUGGGCGCAUCGUGUCGUACCGAGUUACAAAAGGAGAUUGGGUCGGGAUGCCAGAUACCCUGCCGGACGUCGCUCUUGCUGGUGACCGCGCCUUUGUCAGCUGGAACGGGGCAACGGAGGUACGGUCCUGGCAAAUCGAGUGUUGGGAUGGCUUUUCCCCGUUGCAGAACAUGACAUACUUAGCCGUGGGCCAAGCUUCUCGCGAGGGCUUCGAAACGGAAAUCGCACUCACUGCCAACGUCACCUCCUACUUCCGGAUUUCAGCACUCGACGCCAAUGACAACGUACUUGGGACGUCUGCCACAAUGAUGCGUGCUACAGGCGCGGGGAGGCGAAUUUUGCUUCAUGUCAACUGGAGCCUGGUCACCUUUGGGAUUGUCACGUGCCUUGGCCUUGCGGUGGGCUUAUACUUUGCGAUUAGACGCCAAGUGCAACAUCGUGGACAAAGUGCCACUCAGAUGUACUGGGCAGUCGCGCAGGAAGAUCAGGCAGGACAUACUUUGGAUUUCAUACCGCAGCAUAGAUCAGUGAAUGAAGCCUAG